AGGGGUGUUAGUGAAAUUAACCGAAACAAAGCCCAACACUCUUUCAUCGUUUUCUUCCAUCGAGAUUUCCAACUUCGCUUCUCCCAACGGCACUCUCCCCCAGGCGACUUUGAGUAAUAUAAUUCCAUUUCAAUCUGUUAUAGGACCUGGAUGGGUCCUUUAACGCUGGCUGUUGAUUCGAAAGACAGUUCUGCAGCUUCUCCAGAUGUAUCAAACAAGAAGAUGAAAGAGUUGCAGCUGAAAACAAGGAAGUCAUUUGCAUCAGUUAGCAUGGAAAAGCAGAAACCCUUUGAUUUCUUUCGUACUUUAUUUGAGGGAGUUAUAGCAGGAGGUACAGCUGGUGUUGUUGUUGAAACUGCUUUAUAUCCUAUUGAUACCAUAAAGACAAGGCUGCAGGCUGCUCAAGGUGGAGUGAAAAUAAAUUUGAAGGGCCUUUAUUCUGGUUUGACUGGAAACCUUGCUGGGGUCUUACCUGCUUCUGCCUUAUUUGUUGGUGUGUAUGAACCAACAAAACAGAAGUUGUUGAGGAUGUUUCCUGAAAAUCUUAGUGCUGUUGCUCAUCUGACAGCAGGUGCAAUUGGAGGGGUUGCUGCUUCUCUCAUCCGUGUGCCAACAGAGGUUGUUAAGCAAAGGAUGCAGACUGGGCAGUUUGUUUCAGCUCCAGAUGCUGUCCAUCUAAUUGUUUCUAAGGAAGGAUUUAAGGGUCUAUAUGCGGGAUAUGGAUCCUUUCUAUUGCGGGAUCUGCCCUUUGAUGCAAUUCAAUUCUGCAUGUAUGAGCAGCUUUGGUUGGGUUAUAAGGCAGCAGCAUGCAGAGAGUUGAAUGAUCCUGAGAAAGCUGUCAUUGGUGCUUUUGCUGGGGCAUUGACUGGAGCUAUUACAACUCCCCUCGAUGUGAUUAAAACAAGAUUAAUGAUUCAGGGAUCUGCAAACCAGUAUAAAGGCAUCUUUGAUUGUGUUCAAACUAUUGUUGGAGAAGAAGGACCUCCUGCUCUUCUGAAGGGCAUUGGACUGAGGAUACUGUGGAUGGGCAUCGGAGGUUCAAUCUUCUUUGGUGUCCUGGAAAGCACAAAGCAAGCGCUUGCUCAGAGGCGUCCAUCACCUCCUGAUCAAUCAAAGCAAGAUUAAAUGAAUGUUCCUGAUCGAAUUCACAAAGCAUUAUUAUUAUUAUUAUUAUACACCAAUAUAGCAUCCAAAACUGUAUAUCAUUCUUGCUUCCCUGACGCCGGUAGCUUUGCAAAAUCCAGUGGUGAAAUCUGCAUUUGAUAAAAUAAGUUUGCAUUACCUUGUAGACGAAAAAGAUGAGAUAGAUAUACCUUUUGAAUUAGGAAUUACCAACAUUUUUAUUUUUCAAGGCUUUUAUUUUUCUUUUUU